CAUGCAGUGUGCGGUCCUCCUCAGUGUCAGAGCGUGAUUUGUAGACAAUGCCGCCCUGUCAGCUCAGUGCUGGUUCAGCAGCGUCUUUCCAAACAUGUAUCUGGCAAGAAUUUAAAGGCCACCUCUUGUGUAAUUUGCGGAAUGCUGGAAAAGGAUCCUUUGCCUCUCUUCAGGAUGUACGCACCCGAACAGGCUUCUGUGCUCAGACUCUGUGCCUGCUGUCUCCUGCCUGAUGAGCUCAUGGGGAAGUUCGUCUUCCUGCAGGUCACCUGGAAGGAUGGUAACAGUUCUCUGUAAUCUGGUGGAGAACAUGGAGCAGGCUGCCCCGAGCAGCAUUUUGUUUCUGUCGUCGUCAUAAAUUAGCACUGAUGGGGUGGAGGAGGCUGCGUUGCUUAAGGAAAUGUGCAGGCAUUUUGUGAAUUAGCGAAAGACUUCCAGCUCUGAGAGUAGAUGAAAGUAAGGAGAACUUGGGAAAAGGUGGAGUGAGUGCCGGACUCCUUCUGCAGUGUUCUUCAUGUGGGGGGAGCAGGAUUAUGGCGACCACAGAGUCCCAGUGAUGCAAGUUCUCUUUAGUGUUCUCUGAAGGAAGCCUUCUGUUCAAGUGAAGCCCAGAAACUGUUGUGGAUUACAAUGUGUGGGAGAUCUGGGUUCUCAGUGGUCUGAAAACAAGGCAUCAUUUAACCUUUUAAAUGAAAAGGCUUAAGAUCUUGACACGACUGCUGUAUUUCCUGGAAGCCGUCCUCUGAAGCAGAAGUGCACUUUCAGACACAGACAUGGCGGGCCUUUCUGCAGGAAUUUAAGUGCUUGCUUUCUACAUCAUGACCAGCUUGAAGCGGUCACAGACGGAAAGGCCUGUCACUACUGACAGAGCCUCUGUUGUCAGCACAGACGGCACCCCCAAAGUUCACACUGAUGACUUCUAUAUGCGUCGCUUCCGGUCCCAAAAUGGCAGCUUAGGAUCAUCAGUCAUGGCUGCAGUAGGGCCCCCUAGAAGUGAAGGUCCUCACCAUAUAACCUCCACCCCCGGGGUCCCUAAGAUGGGGGUUAGGGCAAGAAUUGCAGAUUGGCCUCCGAGAAAGGAAAAUGUCAAAGAAUCCAGCCGUUCAAGCCAGGAAAUAGAAACCUCAAGUUGCCUUGAGAGCCUGUCUUCCAAAGGCAGUCCUGUGAGUCAGGGAAGUUCUGUUAGCCUCAAUUCCAAUGACUCAGCCAUGCUGAAGAGCAUACAGAACACCCUGAAGAACAAGACGGGGCCAGCGGAGAACAUGGACUCCAGAUUCCUCAUGCCCGAAGCCUACCCCAGUUCCCCCAGGAAAGCCCUUCGCAGAAUCCGGCAGCGCAGCAACAGCGAUAUCACCAUAAGUGAGCUUGAUGUGGAUAGCUUUGAUGAAUGUAUCUCCCCGACCUACAAGUCGGGGCCAUCAUUGCACAGGGAAUACGGUAGCACAUCUUCAAUCGACAAGCAGGGAACAUCCGGAGAAAGCUUCUUCGAUUUGUUAAAGGGCUAUAAAGAUGACAGAUCUGACCGAGGUCCAACUCCAACCAAACUCAGUGACUUCCUCAUCACUGGUGGGGGCAAGGGUUCUGGUUUCUCCUUGGAUGUGAUCGAUGGGCCCAUCUCACAGAGAGAGAACCUCAGGCUUUUCAAGGAAAGGGAAAAACCACUCAAGCGACGUUCUAAGUCUGAAACUGGAGACUCCUCUAUUUUUCGUAAGUUACGAAAUGCCAAAGGUGAAGAACUUGGUAAGUCGUCGGACCUUGAAGACAACAGAUCAGAAGACUCUGUGAGGCCCUGGACGUGUCCAAAGUGCUUUGCCCACUAUGAUGUCCAGAGUAUAUUGUUUGACUUGAAUGAAGCCAUUGUGAACAGGCACAAUGUGAUUAAGAGGAGAAACACAACCACAGGAGCAUCAGCGGCUGCUGUGGCUUCCCUGGUCUCCGGACCAUUGUCUCACUCAGCCAGCUUCAGCUCUCCCAUGGGCAGCACAGAGGACCUGAAUUCCAAAGGAAGCCUUGGCAUGGACCAAGGAGAUGACAAAAGCAACGAACUGGUCCUGAGCUGUCCGUAUUUUCGGAAUGAGAUUGGUGGAGAAGGCGAGAGGAAGAUCAGCCUGUCCAAGUCAAAUUCUGGCUCCUUCAGUGGGUGUGAAAGUGCCUCCUUUGAGUCCACCCUCAGCUCUCAUUGUACGAAUGCGGGAGUGGCGGUUCUCGAAGUGCCCAAGGAAGGCUUGAUGCUGCACCUAGACAGGGUGAAAAGGUACACCGUGGAACAUGUGGAUCUCGGCGCAUACUAUUACAGGAAAUUCUUCUACCAGAAGGAACACUGGAACUAUUUUGGGGCUGAUGAGAAUCUUGGUCCAGUGGCUGUGAGCAUUCGAAGGGAAAAACCAGAAGAAAUGAAAGAAAAUGGAUCUCCCUACAACUACCGCAUCAUUUUUAGAACAAGCGAGCUCAUGACACUGAGAGGGUCUGUCCUGGAGGAUGCCAUUCCCUCCACAGCCAAGCACUCAACAGCCCGAGGACUGCCUCUGAAAGAAGUGCUGGAACAUGCCAUCCCCGAGCUCAACGUGCAGUGCCUGCGUCUGGCCUUCAACACACCCAAAGUCACGGAGCAGCUCAUGAAACUGGACGAGCAAGGGCUGAACUAUCAGCAGAAAGUGGGCAUCAUGUACUGCAAAGCAGGCCAGAGCACUGAGGAGGAGAUGUACAAUAACGAGUCGGCAGGCCCAGCCUUUGAGGAAUUCCUUCAGCUUCUGGGAGAACGAGUUCGGCUAAAAGGAUUUGAGAAGUACCGCGCACAGCUUGACACCAAAACUGACUCCACUGGAACCCACUCUCUGUACACAACCUACAAAGACUAUGAAAUUAUGUUCCAUGUCUCCACCAUGCUGCCGUACACACCUAACAACAAGCAACAGCUCCUGAGGAAGCGGCACAUUGGAAAUGACAUUGUGACAAUAGUUUUCCAAGAGCCUGGAGCACAACCGUUCAGCCCGAAAAACAUCCGAUCUCACUUUCAGCAUGUUUUUGUCAUUGUCCGGGCUCACAACCCCUGCACCGAGAGUGUUUGUUACAGUGUGGCCGUCACCAGGUCCAGAGAUGUGCCUUCUUUUGGACCUCCCAUCCCUAAAGGGGUCACUUUCCCCAAGUCAAAUGUGUUCAGGGACUUCCUUUUAGCCAAAGUGAUUAAUGCUGAAAAUGCUGCUCAUAAGUCAGAAAAAUUCCGGGCCAUGGCAACAAGGACCCGCCAGGAAUACCUGAAAGAUCUGGCAGAAAAGAAUGUCACCAACACACCUAUCGACCCUUCCGGCAAAUUUCCAUUCAUUUCUCUGGCCUCCAAGAAGAAGGAAAAGUCUAAGCCUUAUCCAGGAGCUGAGCUCAGUAGCAUGGGUGCCAUUGUGUGGGCAGUCCGGGCCAAAGACUACAACAAGGCCAUGGAAUUCGACUGCCUCCUCGGGAUCUCCAAUGAGUUCAUCGUCCUCAUCGAUCAAGAAACAAGGAGUGUGGCUUUCAAUUGUUCCUGCAGAGAUGUGAUAGGGUGGACAUCCAGUGACACCAGCCUCAAAAUCUUCUAUGAGCGGGGAGAGUGCGUUUCGGUGGAGAGCUUCAUUAGCAGUGAAGAUAUUAAAGAAAUUGUCAAAAGGCUGCAGUUUGUUUCAAAAGGUUGUGAAUCGGUGGAAAUGACUCUGCGAAGAAAUGGGCUAGGCCAGCUUGGCUUCCAUGUCAACUACGAGGGCAUCGUGGCAGAUGUAGAGCCCUACGGCUAUGCCUGGCAAGCAGGUCUGAGGCAGGGCAGCCGCCUGGUGGAGAUCUGCAAGGUGGCAGUGGCCACCCUGAGCCAUGAGCAGAUGAUUGAUCUCUUGAGGACAUCCGUCACAGUGAAAGUUGUCAUCAUCCCUCCCCAUGACGACUGUACCCCACGGAGGAGUUGCUCAGAAACCUACCGCAUGCCAGUGAUGGAGUAUAAGAUGAAUGAAGGUGUUUCCUAUGAGUUCAAGUUUCCCUUCAGGAAUAAUAACAAAUGGCAGCGGAAUGCCAGCAAGGGUGCUCACUCACCCCAGGUCCCAUCCCAGCUGCAGAGUCCCAUGACAUCACGGCUGAAUGCUGGGAAGGGAGACGGGAAAAUGCCCCCUCCAGAAAGAGCUGGCAACAUCCCUCGAAGCAUCUCCAGUGAUGGGCGCCCACUGGAAAGGAGGCUGUCUCCUGGCUCAGACAUCUAUGUGACAGUCUCAUCCAUGGCUUUGGCAAGAUCCCAGUGCCGUAACUCCCCCAGCAACCUGUCUUCAUCCAGUGAGACUGGCUCUGGGGGUGGCACCUACAGACAAAAAUCCAUGCCCGAAGGGUUUGGGGUGAGCCGAAGAUCUCCAGCCUCCAUCGACAGGCAAAACACUCAGUCAGAUAUUGGUGGCAGUGGGAAAUCCACACCCAGCUGGCAAAGAAGUGAGGACAGCAUUGCCGACCAGAUGGAGCCUACAUGCCAUCUCCCAGCAGUAUCAAAGGUACUGCCUGCUUUCCGAGACAGCCCCAGUGGGAGAUUAAUCCGGCAGGAUCCAGUGGUUCACUUGUCUCCAAACAAACAAGGCCAUUCUGACAGCCACUACUCCAGCCACUCCAGCAGCAACACCCUCUCCAGCAACGCAUCAAGUGCCCACAGUGAUGAGAAGUGGUAUGAUGGGGACCGCACAGAAUCUGAGCUCAACAGUUACAACUACCUACAGGGCAUCUCUGCUGAUAGCGGAAUCGAUACCACCUCCUAUGGCCUGAGCCAUGGCAGCACGGCCUCCCUGGGGGCUGCCACCUCAUCACCUCGUUCGGGGCCAGGCAAAGAGAAGGUGGCACCCCUGUGGCACAGCUCCAGCGAAGUGCUCUCCCUGGCAGAUCGGACCUUGGAGACUGAGGGCCAUGGCCUGGACAGGAAAGCAGAGUCCUCUCUCAGUCUGGACCUCCACAGCAAGAGCCAGGGCGGCUCAAGCCCGCUGACCAGGGAGAACAGCACCUUCAGCAUAAACGAUGCCGUGUCACACACCAGUACCAUGAGCUCCCGACACUCUGCAAGCCCAGUGGUGUUCUCCAGUGCCCGAAGCUCACCCAAAGAAGAGCUCCAUCCCACCACAACCUCCCAGCUGGCACCUUCCUUCUCCUCCUCUUCCUCAUCCUCCUCUGGGCCCAGGACUUUCUACCCCCGCCAGGGUGCCACUAGCAAGUACCUGAUCGGAUGGAAAAAACCAGAAGGAACCAUUAACUCUGUGGGAUUUAUGGAUACAAGAAAACCAUGCCUUGGAGCCAGACCUAUUGACUCCAUUUCCAUCAUGUCUCUCCCCAGGCGGCACCAGAGUGAUGGUAAUGAGAUGGCCCACACUAGGCUCCGAUCCUCGACCAGGGACCUGCGGGCUUCCCCCAAGCCCACCUCCAAGUCCACCAUUGAGGAGGAUCUAAAGAAACUCAUCGACCUUGAGAGCCCAACUCCCGAAUCACAGAAGAAUUUCAAGUUCCACGCACUGUCCUCCCCACAGUCUCCAUUCCCCCCCACCCCUACCUCCCGGCGGGCCUUGCACAGGACACUGUCUGAUGAGAGCAUUUACAGCGGCCAGAGGGAGCACUUCUUCGCCUCCAGGGCUUCACUUUUAGACCAAGCCCUGCCCAACGAUGUCCUCUUCAGCAGUACCUACCCGUCUCUCCCCAAGUCACUUCCACUGAGGAGGCCAUCUUACACAUUGGGAAUGAAGUCGUUGCAUGGAGAAUUCUCUGCCUCGGACAGCUCCCUCACUGACAUCCAGGAAACCCGAAGGCAGCCCAUCCCUGACCCCGGCCUAAUGCCCCUGCCUGAUACUGCCGCAGACUUGGACUGGUCCAACCUAGUAGAUGCCGCCAAAGCCUAUGAGGUCCAGAGAGCCUCGUUUUUUGCUGCUAGUGAUGAAAACCAUCGCCCUUUGAGUGCGGCCUCCAACAGCGAGCAGCUGGAGGAGCAGGCCCUGGUCCAGAUGAAGUCCUACAGCAGCAGUAAGGAGUCCUCUCCCACUCUGGCUUCUAAAGUGGACCAGUUGGAAGGGAUGCUGAAGAUGCUUCGAGAAGAUUUGAAGAAGGAAAAAGAGGACAAGGCCCAUCUCCAGGCAGAGGUGCAGCACUUGCGCCAGGACAAUCUGCGGCUGCAGGAAGAGUCCCAGAAUGCCUCGGACAAGCUAAAGAAGUUCACAGAGUGGGUCUUCAAUACCAUAGACAUGAGCUGAGGGCAGCUGAGGGAGAGGAGGGGCAGGCUGCUCUCCGUGGGUGCCGUCAGCAUCCGUUCAAGCCUUGGAAAAUAUUCCCGGCAUCCCUAGCUCCCACUCUGCUCCUGUCGGACAGUGCACAACACAAUUGCAGAUCAACAAUCAUUAUCUGCCUUUUGUAGAAAAGAAAAAGAAAAAAUGAAAUAAAAAUUUUAAAAAGUAAAAUAAAAGUUUAACUGCUAAAAUGUGAAUGUCUUUAUUUUUUUGCACAAUAUCUUUAUCUGUUAUGUAUUUACAAAGAAACUGGGCCCAGGACCCAAGUGCCCCCCUGGCCCCUCAGCCUCUGCUUCUGAUCGAUUUCAGGUAACCCAAGCUCUCCCUGCUAUCCAGGCAAACCUCUUUGUUCCUAGGGAAAUAAAGGUUUUUCUUUUUAACUGUUGGGAGGGGAGGGGUGUUUCCUUGUCUCCCUUCCUAAAAUGCCUGAAGAGGGGAUGUUAAGGAAAGGCCCAGCUCCCCUGUGUGGUCUGUGAGGUUUCUACCCUUGCGCCUGUCUGCUAGAGACCUUCAGGGCCAGCAGCACUCACCCUUCUGACCCUGCAUCUUGUCCCUUCUUCCCCCAGAAAAUGGUCCCCGGUACAUUCCUCAGAACUAGGACUCUGGCUUAAGUGAACCCCACUCAAUUAGAAUCAACCUGUUUUACCUUCCAGGCCCGUAAUGUUAAUUGGCUCCUGAGUUUUCCCAAAUACAAAUCUUACCUGUAUGCAUUUUAAAUACAUUUUGGUCAAAAGUUUAUAUAUGUAUAGUUUCUGUUUGGGAUUUUUAAAGAUGUAGCACAACUUUUUUUAAGCUUGUUCAAAUGGACUAAAUUGAUAAAUCCUUCUUGUCUAAGCAAGACUUCACCAUUGUUUUUAAUUAGGAAAGCUAACAGUGAAUGUUAAACCAUGAGUCUAAUCCGUGUUCAUUUGGGGCAAUGCCUGUAAUGGAAUGGGCUCUUGGAACCUGCAUGCUGCAGCGUGGAGUUUACCCACAGCAUUUCCUGCAUCCUUUCGUGGCCACCCAAAGGACUCUGCUGCAGAAACCACUCCUGCGCUGUUCCUCCCGUCUAGUGAUGCAGGCAGCUCUGGGCUCCUCACCGUCACUGCUGUGGAGCUCAGAGAUGCAGGACUGGCCAGUGUCCUGGCUAUGUGCUGGAAGUUUCCUGCUGUUAAGUGGACCCAACUUGCCCUGGAUCCCAUCCCCGAGAAACAAAAUGGAUGGCGCCUGUCUCCCAUAUACAUACCAGACCUGUAUGCCAUAGAUUCACAAAUGAUUGUGGUUUCUCUGUGGGUUCUUUUCCUGUUAACAUUUCUACUGUGGAAUUAGGAGGAUUUGGGAUUGCUUUGGAAGGGUUACAGUCAGCUCCUUAACGUGUGUGAAGGAGCUUGUACACUGGUUGAUGUCUCUCUGUAAAUGAGAAAUAACUGCUAACACCCGAGCAUCCUGAAGUCUUGCUUAUCUUUUUAUUUGCUUUUCCCUUUCCUUUGGGGACUUGGGGCAAGCUAUUUAUUAGAGUUUUGCAACAGAGUUCUUGUUUGAAGCCUCUAAAGACUACUUGUAAAAUCCAAACAAUAAAAUUCAUUUUAAAUGCUCUUUUAAAA